AUGGCUCUGAACCGGGUCCCUACAAUGGACAUGGAGCAGUCUGUGGAGUGCUCUGUGGAGUCCUCGGGCCAGGCUCCGGGUGAUCCGGGUCGGAGCCACCGUGAAGUGGCCGUCCUCAGGUCCAGCUGCUGCCGCUGCCUGCCCAGGGCCGUGCGCCUCACCUUCACACCGGAGUCUCUUGAGAAACUUUACCAGAACUACUUCCGACGCCAGAGAGAGGAGAACCUGCUGGUGUUGGUGGCGUUCGCAUUGCUCUUCAACAGCUUCGUUAUCAUCAUGUGCGCGGUUGUGUACACCGAGGACAAACUGGCCAUGGUGGUGGUUGCAGCUGUGGGCUUGGCUGCAGAUGUUGUGCUGUUCCUGAUGUGCUGGUUCCGUAAACUCCCUGCAUCUCCUGUGGCCAGAGGAGGGGUCCCUUACAUUCUGUGGGUGAUGGUUACAGUUCAUGUUUUGUGUUACUUGAGCCUGAACUUCCAGCGGUUCUCAGAUGCCAGUGACUCUGUGGGCUGGCAGGCUUUCUUUAGUUUCUCCAGUUUCCUGACCUUACCUCUGGAUCUGCUGCCCCUCGUUCUGCUCGCAGCUCUGUCCUGUGGGAUCCACACUCUGGUUCUUGGGGUGAUUGUGGCUCAGAGGUUUGUGGAUAAUCUGCAGGGGCCCAUGCUGGUGAGACAGCUCUUUGCCAACGUGAUGCUGUACCUGUGUGCAGCCAUAGUAGGAGUGAUGUCGUUCUACAUGUCAGACAGGAAGUACCGGACUGCGUUUUUGGAAGCUCGUCAGUCUCUGCAGGUGAAACUGACUCUGGAGGAGCAGAGCACCCAGCAGGAGGAACUGCUACUGUCCAUCCUCCCGAAACAUAUCGCUGAUGAGAUGCUGCAGGGCAUGAAGGACCAGGCCAAUCAGAAAGAUGUUCAGCAGCAGCAGCAGUUCAACACCAUGUACAUGUACCGCCAUGAAAACGUCAGUAUACUGUUUGCAGACAUCGUCGGCUUCACCCAGUUAUCCUCGAUGUGUAGCGCCCAAGAGCUCGUGAAGCUGCUUAAUGAGCUCUUUGCUCGUUUUGACAAACUGGCAGCUCAACAUCACCAGCUGAGAAUUAAGAUUCUUGGAGACUGCUACUACUGCAUCUGUGGUCUACCUGAUUUCAGAGAAGACCACGCCGCCUGCUCGAUAAGGAUGGGCCUCGCCAUGGUAGAAGCCAUCUCGUACGUGCGGGAAAAGACAAAAACAAACGUGGACAUGCGAGUGGGAGUCCACACAGGCACCGUGCUCGGAGGAGUGCUCGGACAGAAGCGCUGGCAGUUUGAUGUUUGGUCCACAGACGUCACUGUGGCCAAUAAGAUGGAGUCUGGAGGAAUCCCAGGGAAGGUGCAUGUUUCCCAGAGCACCAAGGACAGCCUGCAUGGCGAAUUCGAACUGGAGCCGGGGAACGGUGGAGAGAGGUGCGAGUACCUGCUGGAGAAAGGCAUCGAAACUUAUCUGGUUCUCGCACCCAAACAGGAAGCAAAUGGACUCAAUGGAGACAUACCAGGCACUCUGAAGAACAAAAACUCACAGCAGCUGAUCAACACCGCAUCACCCGAGGCAAACUCAGCCUCUGCUCAGUCUAGGUUGUCCAACUAUAAACAGGAGAGAAAUAAGAUGACUGAAGAACAAACGAUCAACAAACGACUGGAGCAGGAGCUUCUGGACAGAGAAUCCCAAAAAAUAAAGAAGGACCAAGAAAUCAGUCCCAUUUCUCUGCGAUUUGUGGAUGGAAAGUUGGAAGACCACUACUCUUCAGAAAAGGAGAAACGAAGCGGCGCUGCCUUCAGCUGCUGCAUCAUCGUGCUCUUCUUCAUCACUGCCAUGGAGGUGUUCAUAGACCCACUGUUGGUUGUGAACUACGUGACUUUUGCAGUUGGACAGGUGUUGCUGCUAAUCCUCACUGUUUGCUCCCUGGCUGCUAUCUUCCCCAGGAUGUUUUCCAAGAGGUUGGUUUCUUUCUCAAUGUGGAUCGAUCGCACCCGGUGGGCAAGAAACACCUGGGCCAUGGCGGCCAUCUUUGUCCUAACCAUGGCUGUUAUAGCUGACAUGUUAAGUUGUGUCCCACCAUCACUCCGAGUCUUCAACAGUACCUUUGGCUACAUGCUGGAGUCACUUGGUGACCGAGACUGUGCAGAAAAUCCCAAGUAUUACAGCUUCAUGGCUGUGAUGUCCCUCAUUGCGGUUGCCAUGUUAGUGCAGGUCAGCCACCUGAUUAAAUUAGGCCUCAUGGUGCUGGUCGUCACGGCGACCGGAGCCGUUAACAUCUACAGCUGGCGGCAUAUAUACGAUCUGUUUGACUACAUACAGUUUGCCUCCUACAGAUCAUUCAUGGUGCCAUCCAAGUAUCUCAUGACGAUGAUGAUUAUUGUCAUGAUGAUUGGGUUUUACUUUUUUGCUCGGCAUCUGGAGCGUCAGUCCAGGAAGCUAUUCCUUUGGAAGGUUGGGGUGCACGACCAGAAGGAGAGGGUAUUUGAGAUGAGACGCUGGAACGAAGCGCUGGUCACCAAUAUGUUGCCAGAACACGUGGCCAAACACUUCCUGGGCACUAAGAAAAGAGAUGAGGAGCUGUACAGCCAGUCUUAUGAUGAAACAGGUGUGAUGUUUGCUUCCAUCCCAAACUUUUCCGAUUUCUACACGGAAGAGGGCAUCAACAACGGAGGCAUCGAGUGUCUCAGAAUUCUCAAUGAGAUCAUCUCAGACUUUGACACCUUAUUAGACCGAGACGAGUUCCGGUGCAUCACUAAAAUCAAGACAAUAGGAAGCACGUACAUGGCUGCCUCGGGACUCACACCAGAGAGUAACACUAACAGAUUUGGCAACCGUGAGCCAGAAGACCAGACUCUGCUUGAACGCUGGCAACACCUCUCUGACCUGGCAGACUUUGCCUUGGCCAUGAAAGUGACGCUGGACAACCUCAACAAACAGUCCUUCAACAACUUCAUGCUACGCAUCGGUUUGAAUAAAGGAGGCGUUCUCGCUGGGGUGAUUGGAGCUCGUAAACCUCAUUAUGACAUCUGGGGUAACACGGUGAAUGUGGCCAGCAGAAUGGAAUCAACUGGAGUGAUGGGGAACAUCCAGGUGGUGGAGGACUGCUAUGACAUUCUGAAGGAAUACGGCUUCCGCUUCAUCCGAAGAGGGCCCAUUUUUGUCAAGGGAAAAGGGGAGCUGCUUACCUUUUUCAUGAAAGGGAAAGACAAGCCCAGUUGUAAUGGGGGUCCAGGGACAACAGCCCUUCCACACCAAGUUGAGACCCAUUCCUGA